CUAUAAAUUUUACAUGGGCUUUAUAUUUUAAUUCACCUCUUUUAUGAUUUCACUGUGAAAUUCUUUCGUGCAUUUUGAGAUAUCGUUGGUGAGUCAGUGGUGGAAACUGUCUACUUCAUUUUCGGACAGGGCGAAUGUUACGAAGUUUUAACAACACUUGGCUAACGUUUAUUCCCAAAGUGGAUAAUAUGCGCCAGUUAAGACCUAUAAAUUCAUGCCAAUUCGUGUACAAAAUCAUUGCCAAAAUAUGUCUGAACGAUUGGCUCGGUUCUUCCCCCGAGAUAAUCUUGCCGGGGCAGAACGCCUUUAUUCGUGAAAGACGGAUAGUGGAUAAUGUGCUCAUUGGACACGAAUUGAUGCAUUACCUUAAGAUUAAGACUAGGGGUAAGAAGGGAAACAUGGCUCUGAAGGUUGGUAUGAAAAAGGCUUAUGAUAGAGCCGAAUGACCGUUCUUACUUGCGGUUUUAGGAAUUUGGGGUUUGAUCCGACUUGGGUACAAUUGAUUGAGGGGUGCUUGCGUUCCUCUUCAUUUUCUAUUCUUAUGAAUGGUACACCAGCUGGUUAUUUUACUCGACUCAAGGACUUUGGCAGGGCGAUCCUUUGUCUCCCCUCCUCUUUGUCAUAUGCACAGAGGGGUUUGCGGCGCUCCUACGUAAGGACUUUCAUAUAUGUUAUUUGUCGAUGAUUCAUAUUUAUUCCUCAAAGGAUCGAUGCAAGAAUGUGAAAAUCUGUUGGAGGUCUUGAAUGAAUAUGGGGAUCUUAGUGGGGAAAGGGUCAACCUGGCUAAAUCCGCGAUAUGCUUUAGCAAGAAUAUUCUGCAUCUGGAUCAAGAAACCCUUGCUCUCCGGCUUGGCGUAGGAGUGGUAGGAGGCAUGAUAAAUAUUUGGGCUUACCUACCUUGAUUGUUGAGUCCAAGAUGGCUACUUUCCGUUAUAUACGGAGGAGCUAGACAUUACAGCCCAAAGGUGUUGAAUUAAAAAAGCUGUGUUCCAACUUCUAAACUCAUUGAAACCCAAGCCACCCUCAUCCUUAGGCAAAAGCAACCAAUUUCCAGGCCAGUUUGGCUCGUUUACCCUCCCUCCUCCUCUACACUCCAUAAGUAAUUAGAACAUAACAACUCAAUUCUCUUAAUGACUUUAACUGGCAGUUGGAUGAUAUUCAUCCCGUACUGAGUAAUACUAGAGAUCACAAAAGAGAUUAAUUGUAUUCUCCCUGUGUAUGAAAGUGACUUAGCCCUCCAGCCCCUUAUUCGAGCAGUUAUUUUCUUAAUCAAAGCUUCACAGCCUGCAGAUGACAACUUCCCAACAACAAGAGGGACUCCCAAGUAUCGUACUGGAAGCAUACCUACUGUGAACCCCGUAGUUGAAGCUAUAGUAGUUUGAAUAGAAGAAUCAACCCUGCAAAGAAUAUCUCACUCUUGCUUGGAUUGCACUUAAGUCCAGAGACCAAGUAAAAGGAAUCAAGUAUCUUCUUUGUGACCUCUACAUGACACUCUUGAUGUGUCAAUAUUAGGGUCCAAAUCCUGUGACUAGGGGGGGUGCUUAGUCACUUGACUAAGCUCCUCCCAGCCCUUAGAACUGGACACACCAAUUUGACGGUUAAAAAAUGGGAAUGACUAUUAAAUUAAUGACAGGGGUGCUUUGGGUAUUAUGGAAAAUUACGAAGUAUACAAACUAGACUUACAAACAGUACAAACCAUACAAAUAUACGAACAAUACAAACUAGGGCGAUAAAACAUACAAACAGAUUUACAAAUAAUACGAAACAUACGAACUAUACAAACAAUACAAACUAGACCGACAAACAUUACAAAACGUACAAAAUGGAAAAACAUAAAAACAAUACAAACUAUAAUAAUAAACGAUACAAACCGUAUUGAUACAAAAUUACAAACCAGACUUAAAAACAUUACAAAAUGGUCUGACAAACAUAACAAAACGACAACUGUCGCCAUGAAAUCCAAUCCAAUGUCGCCGAAAAAUUCCCUGUCGGAAAAUUCUCUCUCUCUCACUCUCGCGCGCAGAAUUGCCAUGUCCAAAAAAUUUCCCAUGACCAAAAAGUUCCAUGUCGCCGCCGGGAGAAUUCCCAGGAAAGGACCGGCGGGCGGCCGGGGCCAACGUUUCUUUUUAUUAAUUUGUAAAUAAAUAAAUAAACUUUGU